UCAUCUCCAGUGGGUGUCGAUGUUGUUCUCUCCUGUUUAUCUGACUCCAAUAAUGUGAGGAGAAGAAGAAGAAUCGACACGUUUAUUGCGGCGAAAACAGAAUAAGUGAGUGAAGGUAAAAUGGGGCGUUCCUCCAAAGACAAACGAGAUAUAUACUACAGGCUGGCGAAGGAGGAGGGAUGGAGAGCGAGAAGUGCCUUCAAACUCCUGCAACUGGAUGAGGAGUUCAAUCUUUUUAAAGGUGUUAGUCGUGCUGUGGACCUGUGUGCCGCACCUGGGAGCUGGAGUCAAGUCCUGAGCCGCAAGCUCCGUGGAAAAGACAAGAGUGAAGAGGUCAAGAUAGUGGCAGUUGAUCUGCAAGCCAUGGCCCCUUUACCAGGUGUCACACAAAUUCAAGGAGACAUCACCAAGAUCUCUACAGCACAGGAGAUUAUUCAACAUUUUGAAGGACAGUCUGCGGACUUGGUUGUGUGUGACGGCGCCCCUGAUGUUACAGGGCUUCAUGAUGUAGAUGAAUACAUUCAGGCACAGCUCCUGUUGGCGGCUCUCAAUAUCACCACACAUGUUCUCAAACCAGGUGGCAACUUUGUUGCAAAAAUCUUCAGGGGAAAAGAUGUGACCCUGCUGUACUCCCAGCUCAAGAUCUUCUUCAGCUCUGUAACCUGUGCCAAACCACGCAGCAGCCGCAACUCUAGCAUAGAGGCAUUUGUGGUGUGUCAGAAUUACACUCCACCUGAGGGUUAUAUACCCAACAUGUCCAACCCUUUACUGGAUCACUCUUAUGAUGUCGACUUUAACCAGAUAGAGGGACCAAACCGAAUAAUAGUUCCUUUCCUUGCUUGUGGAGAUCUAAGUGCCUUUGAUUCAGACAGAACUUAUCCACUUCAGCUUGAUUCUAGUAAAGAGUAUCAGUAUUUACCACCUACCCAGCCUCCGAUUCGACCUCCCUACCAGCAAGCCUGUCAGCUCCGCAAGAAUAACCUGUUAGCCAAAGAGGACUCCCCCUCUGGCCCAAUUGACGAUGCUCUGUCUACUUUAGAUCUCAACACAAGUCCGGACACGAACACGGCCACAUCAGGAACCUCCGACUAAUGGACAUUACCGAUAUGUACAGCUUCUGUUUAAAUCUUUUCAUUGUUUUAACAUGAUUGACCAGCAUUUAUUUUUAGAGUUUUAACACUCUAAAUGUGCAAAACAACUGCUUGUCACUGGGACAUCUUUGCAUAUGACAUGCAGACAAAAAUAUAUUGUGCCCACAAAUUAAGAAUUCGUUCUCUCGUUUUAGUAAAUUGUGGCCAAGAUUUACUGAUUUGUUCCCUUGUUUUAGUUAAAUCGUGGCCACGAAUUAAGAAUUUGUUCCCACAACUUAAUUCAUUCCCUCGAUUUAGUAAAUCAUGGCCACAUUGUUCUAAUUUGUUCUUAUUCAUUUUGAUUAAACUAAAACAAAGGGAAUGAAUUAUUACAACGUGGCCACAAUUUAGUAAAAUGAGGGAAUUAAGUAUUAAAUCGUGCUCGCAAUUUAGUAAAAUGAGGGAACGAAUGAUUAAAUGUGCACACAAUUUACUGCUGACAUAUUGGUUUAUUUUACUACUCUACAAAUGAAUUACCAAUAUUUACCUUUUAAGGGGUAGAUUAGGGGUACAGUCCCAGUGACAAGCUGUUGGACCCAUAAAGGUACAUGUACCAUUUUUACUUCUUUUUUUUUUUUUUUUUAUCAUGUAAUUUACUUUUUAUGUAUUUAAUUGUUUCUGUGACUUUUAUUACACUCAAAAUUCAGAAAGAUUCUCCCUUGUGAAUGUUUCUUUGUAUGAGUUGCAGAAACUGCCUGAUUGAAUUUGAACUUUUUACUAUAGUUCUACAUGUUAAUAAAACACACACAACUAAAUCUAUCAUGACACAGAGUUUGUUUUUAUUUGUAGAUGCAGUGUUUCAAAGUAAGUUUAAAUCCAUUCAUUCCAUUUUUAGGGUUGUUAUGGCCCUAAAAGCAGUUUCAGAUUAUUAAAUUGGCCUGUAUAUGAAUAAAGAAUUUAUACAGAUCUUUUUUCUCUUUUGUCUUACAUUGACUAAAGCAACCCAUCUGCCAUCUGUUUCCUUUUUAUUCACUUGCUCAAUGGUCCAUGGCGUAAUACUGGACAGUUUCUUAUCUGUAGCAUUUGUCACUGCCUCCACAUAUAGCAUAAACAUUUUUUUUUUAAAAUUUUUUUAUUUGCAUUCUGCUGAGCCCAAUAAGGUCUGUUCUAAAUUAUGCUUUAAUAUAGUCAUAGUUAGUUAAGUAAUUUAAAUAUAAGUGGAAUUUCUAGAUGGUCAUAGAUAUGCUAGGAGAAAUCAGUCAUGUAGAGAACCUUCACAGUAAGCUGUAUGCAAAACUAGCAAUCGUACAUCCUGUUCAUCUGCUUUUAUUUUUAAAUGAUGGCAUUGACGUGUUAAAUAUUAUAUGAAGAUCUGAUAGUCUUAACCGGUGUUGCUAUAUCAGCUUGAACACAUGAAAUUAUGAUCCAGCUGUUAAACGUGUGUAUAUUUUUGAGUCUUACUGCCAAAUUAUCAAAUGCAGAUAUCUCUGUUAGUCUUGGAGCGAUGACUCUCAGUGGCUCGGCUGAACUGACAUGCUGUGAACGGGACCAGAAUAUAUCACAGUGCAUUUUCUAUGCUGGAUCAAGAAACAUUGGCCAUCGAAAUUCCUCUGACCAUUGCUGUAAGCUCACCGUCAGUAGAGAAGAACUGUUACAGGGGAAAGCUGGCGAGGAGCUCCGAACAACAAUUACCAUCUACUGUACAAGCAGACCUGACAACAUAAGCCAAAAUGUCACCAUUACAGUGUGGAGGCCAGCUGUUUUUCGCUUUGCUUUUCUGGUUAUACUGGGGACACUGACUCUCCUCUCUUUGCUGAUGGUCAUCGUAUUCAUAUGCAUUAUCUACAAGACCAAAAAUCAAGAGAAUAAACAAAACCAAAGUGCAAAUUCUGGUACAGUUGAAGUGCAGGAAGAGAAAACAGAGGUAGUAGAGGAUGAGCUAUUGUAUGCCACAGUGAAUCAUUCAGCUGCUGGUGAAAACUUUGCUCCUGCAGUGAAGUAUGAAUCAGGAACUGACUACGCCACAGUGGUCAUACACUGAAUAACCUGCAACACUGGAUGGAAAAGACUUUUCAUGGAUUUAAAUCACCAAAGAUAAAAGAAAAACUGCAUGUGCCUUGUUUUGAGCAAGUUUCCCACAACAUGAUUUUAGAUAGGCCUAUAAGAUGUAAAAUAAACUUGCAUGAAAGAAUAUUUUAGGAUGAAAUUACAAACAAUAAAGCCAUUACAGCUGCACUUUUUCCAGCAA